AUGGAAAGGAGGGCGCGCAGCCCCUCCAGAGAGGCCCGGGGGAGUGGCGGCGGGGCCCCCCCCAAGGAGAACAAGAGGGCGAAGGCCGAGAGGGGCGGUGGAGGCCGCGGGCGCCGGGAUGCGGGGCGCGAGCGGCGGGACGUCGGGCGGGAAGGGAGCCCCCGGGAGCCCCGCGCGCCCGCAGCCGCCGUGGCCGCCACCGUGGUGGACGUGGAUGAGGUGCGGGGCCCCGGCGAGGACGGCACCGAGGUGAUGGCGCCGCUGGAGAGCGAGCGGCCCGAGGAAGGUACCAAGUCUUCUGGGUUAGGGGCCUGUGAGUGGCUUCUUGUCCUCUCAUCCCUGCUCAUCAUCAUCCUGACCUUCCCUUUUUCUGUCUGGUUCUGCAUAAAGGUUGUACAAGAGUAUGAGAGAGUAAUUAUAUUCCGGCUGGGACAUCUGCUUCCUGGGAGAGCCAAAGGCCCUGGUCUUUUCUUCUUUUUGCCCUACCUGGAUACCUACCACAAGGUUGACCUUCGUCUCCAAACCUUGGAGAUUCCCUUUCAUGAGGUCGCCUUGGAUUCAGUGACCUGUAUUUGGGGAAUCAAAGUGGAGAGAACAGAAAUUAAGGAUGUGAGGCUGCCGGCCGGCCUUCAGCACUCCCUGGCUGUGGAAGCCGAAGCGCAGAGACAGGCCCGAGUGCGGAUGAUCGCUGCAGAAGGGGAGAAAGCCACCUCCGAGUCCCUGAGAAUGGCAGCAGAGAUUCUAUCAGGCACUCCAGCUGCUGUUCAGCUUCGAUACCUCCACACUCUUCAGUCCUUGUUCACAGACAAACCUUCCACCGUGGUUAUACCUUUGCCAUUUGACAUGUUAAAUUUCGUGUCUUCUCCCAGCAACAGAACUCAAGGAAGCAUCCCCUUCCCAAAUCCUUCCAAACCUGUUGAACCACUGAAUCCUAGAAAGAAAGACUCUCCCAUGUUAUAAGAGGGGCGAAGGAUAGUAUGUGGGAGCCUGCCAUGUAACAGCCACAUCCCUGAGUGUUCUCACUUCCUGCUCUUUCUUUGGUUGCCAGAUAGAAUGCCCUUGGAAUGUAUGAAGUUGCAAUGCAGCAACCUACCUACAUGAGAAGACAGUGAAAUCCUGUAAUGACCAAGAAGAGAUAUAGCAAGUUUAAGUAGAUCAUCUAGUCAGAGUAAUGAUGGGAAAGAGCUUUAGCCAACAUUCUACUUUGGGAAGAAUUUUGAGUCCAUAUAUGGCUAAACUUAAAUGUGGUUCAAAUGUCCUUUUUGCUGUGUGCCCUCUGGCCCCUUUGGCAAGGUCUUUGUUGCUCCCACGGCCCUUUCUUCAUGCCCUGGUCAUUGUGUUUAUCACACUGUGUUGUAUAAUCCUGUAAUUAAGAUGCAGGCUUCUCUCCAACUAUACUAUGAACUCCUCAAAGGUACAUCUUAGUCCCCCUCCCCCGACCACACUCAACCUUGUACACUCCACCCCAUUGUCCUCACUCCUAAUCCUGAUACCUGCACCACAGUGACACUUAAAUGUCCCUGAGUGAAUGAAAGUAAAAGAGAUAUAGUUGGGCUAAAUAUAAAUAAAGAAUUUAAAAGGAAUUUUUUUUAUAAAGACUACUUUUUGAAAUACAGGAAUAAAAGGACAAAAACAUUUAUCUGAUACAUGUUGCUUAAAAUUGGAGGAAGCAUCACUAUAAAUAUGGGGCCAAUGUAUUUUCAGUAUAGA